AUGUACAUCCUGCUGUCGGGCUACCCGCCGUUCUACGGCAACUGCGGCAUGAACUGCGGCUGGGAGCGGGGCGAGGCGUGCGUGCGCUGCCGGGACCUCCUCUUCUUCAGCAUCCACGAAGGCGUGUUCGAGUUCCCGGAGCGCGAGUGGGCGCACAUCUCCGACGGUGCCAAGGACCUGAUCCGCCACCUGCUGGUGAAGGAGCCGCUGAAGCGCCUCUCGGCCGACAUGGUGCUGGCGCACCCGUGGGUGCGCCACGGCGGCGCGCCGUCCAGCAUGCUCACCACGCCGCAGGUAAUCCGCAGCAACCGCAGCGUCAAGGACCUCUCGCUCUACGCGCAGUCGGCGAUGGCGCUCAACCGCGCCAUGCUGCACCACCUCUCCAUGGACGUCGGCCGCCAUGAGGAGACCAGCAGCAGCGAGGCCGAAGCCGAGUCGGACGAGGGGAUCGUCAUGUUCGGCCUGUCGCCGCCGCUCGAGUCCAGCCUCAUGCAGCGGCGUCUCCACUCCACGCAGAGCAUGCGGCUGACGGCCAUCGCCUCGCCCAGUGGCUAGGCGGCGGCGCAGCGGCGCGCGCGGGCGCAGCGUUUUACCUGUCGAACGGCCUGUGUCGCCGCCGGACAGUUGUGUGAUGCCAUCUGCAGGACAUUGGUUACGGCGAGCGAGCCAGCGGGAGUUAUAUAUGUCUGUACAUAUAUGCGUGCGGCGGCGGAGAGUGCGGCCGUCGGGUUGUCGCGGUACAAGCUCCCUGUUGUGUCCAGCCACUUCGAACUGUACAAACGUGCCUUGUUGGUGGGUCUCUGUAGACACGUCUCGACGGUGUUCCGGAAGCUCUUCUCGGGCGUACUCUGACUGCUGCAGCACUCUGUACGGCGGGCCGGCCGGCUCGCCGAACCCGCCUCGAUGUAUAGCCCUUGUCAGAGGUCCGGACGCCGGAUCACCUGUGUACAGCGGUCCGCCGGCGUCGAGCGGGCGCACGGGCGCCCGGGCUCCCGCAUGACCCGUUUUGUGCGGUGGCGGAGCCGCCACCUCUUCCAUAGCCGGCCGGCGGCGGGCAC